AUGACUGUAAAAAGUCAUUUUCAAGCCACCAAAAAUGUUGUCUUUAUCUUGAAACAGUGUUUGAGCAAGGCUCAAAAUAAUGGGCAGCUGCCGACUCCUCAAGGUGGGCGCACUGCCAUUGAGAGGAGGCAGUUCUGCCAGUGGCCGUGCAAGUGUGGGAUAAAACCUCAGUGUGCCCCGGGAGUGAGCUCCGUUCUCGAUGGAUGUGGCUGCUGCAAGAGCUGCGCCCGGCAGAUCGGACAGCCAUGCAACGAGAGGGACGUCUGUGACCCGCACAAGGGCAUGUACUGCGACUUUUCAGCUGACCAGCCCAGAUACGAGGUCGGAGUCUGCGCCUACAUGAUGGCAGUGGGGUGCGACCUAAAUGGGGCCCACUAUGAGAAUGGACAAGCCUUCCAGCCCAGCCCCCUCUAUAAGUGCACAUGCAUUGCCGGAGCCAUCGGCUGUACGCCUGCUUUCAUCCAGAAGCCUGCUGGUCUCUUAGGCCCCGCCCCUCUGAUGGGCAACAUGCCAGCUGGCCUCCGCAGUGGCCAGAGUCCAAGGAAGCACCAGCAGGAUACAACUUACAUGGUCAUGCCAGCUUACAGGGAUCCUCCUUUAGCCUGGAAGAAGAACUGCCUGAUCCAGACCACCCCCUGGAGCCCCUGCUCCAAGACCUGCGGCUUGGGCAUCUCUGUGCGUGUCAACAACGACAACAGCAAAUGUGAGAUGAGGAAGGACCGGCGCCUGUGCCUGCUGCGGCCAUGUGAGAAGAGUGUGCUGAAGAGCAUAAAGGUCCCAAAGGGAAAGACAUGUCGGCCGAAGUUCCAGGCAAAGAAAGCAGAGAAGUUGAAACUUUCUGGAUGCACUACUACCAAGAAGUUCAAGCCCACAUACUGUGGUGUCUGCACAGACAAGCGCUGCUGUGUCCCCAACAAGUCCCGCAUGAUCACGGUCAACUUCACCUGCAAAGGAGGCUCUGUUGCACGUUGGAAGAUGCAGUGGAUAACUUCCUGUGUGUGCCAGAGGAAGUGCAACGAUCCAGGUGACAUGUUUGCUGACUUGCGCUUUCUCUAGCGAAUCCAUCCAAAAGGACUUGAGACAGAGACACAGGGCACUAGCCCAGUGCUGCAGAGUAUGG